AUGCUAGGCGACGUCUACACGCGCGAAUACCGGAAAAUCCCCACCAUAAUCGCCAAGGCGGUCAAGACUGCCGAAUUGACGAACACGUCGCUUACUCCAUAUCAAACGACAUCCGCGGUAUUAAGACAGCCAAAGGAAAGCCUGUCGUCAAGCUUCUUCUCCAUCGACGACUGCACAAAGGAGACGAGAUCACCCAAGCAAAGUGGAAAGAACUCGGCGCCAAAGCUCCGUCGGAUCGGCUAUCAGAAGAUGAACGGCCGGAACGAUGUCUGGCUCAGGACUGAUCCCGUUGUUGUGAACCAAGCAGCAUUCCUGGCAGCUGACAGUCAUGGUACCAUCACACCUGGAGAGCCAAUGAAGUCUGGUGCGCUGAAUCCUCACCUGCGCGAGGGGUGCAUCGACGCGGGCUUGCCACAGCGCAAUACCAUGUACUGCUUUCGUCGAACACGUACCAUCGAAACCAAACAUGAACACGGAGAGACGGCGGCACGAGCAAUUGCAGCACAUGCCGACGACUCGAACGCUCACGAAUACUACGAUACAGUCGGGGUCGGCGACAUCGAUAUUCAGUCCUAUAUACUAGGCAGAGAGAGGGCGAGUCAAGGCGCUGCGCUUGAAAAGCAUCUAGGUAUACUGACGUCAGAUUUGCAGAUGAGUCGGCGAGAAGCGAGGAAGAUGUUUGAGCAGGCAGCUCGGACAGGGUACGUACAGCAUGGGAACUACGAGAUCACGCUUCGUGCUGAGGUUGAAGAGCGGUUGCGCAAACGCGAGCGAGAACACCUCGAGGUCGUCGAAUAG